ACCACACCGCUAGAUGGCUGUCCAGGUUAACUUCGGUGUCAGCAGCUCAUCUGGUGUCAAUCAGUCUGAUUUCUCAGAGGUUUCGUCCAAAAGUCCUAUCGACUGUCUGUGAUGUUAUUUCCCCCCUCUCCAUGGGUUUACAUGUGAUGCAGGAACAUGUGUCGCCAAUAUGCAAAACGUCCCGGUAUGUAGGUGAGCAUGCAUGUUCCCCAUGACGCGUCAGACACCGUGAACGUGCUUCGGGCUGCUGUUACUAUAAUGCAAUGGCGGCGGUGCUGUGCACCAGAGAUGGAUGAGUUACCGGUUCAAAUCCGCUCGACGCAGACACCGUGGAUUAGUAAACACACCUCUGUCCAGAUCAAUCGAAUUCGUAACUGUUUGGUGAUUUAGCCUCAACGUUACUUUAGGAAUGUGUCUAGCAGGGUUAGCUAACGAGCUAAUGCCAGUCUGUGCCAGGGUGAUGUAGGGCUUUUCCGCACAUCUGUCUGCAGUAGCCACCACCCGCCUGCUAACGUUACACCAGGCAACCGGCUGAACAUCACUCCGUCCCUCGACGGGGAGUCUCGGCCCACUCGGACCGGAACAUCAUGGCUGAGAGGAAUUCUACCGGAUUACUAAUGAUGUUGGAACCGAGCCCGGCUAUGGCCAUGUCACUGCCGGUGGAGGUCCGGGAGAAGCUGGCGGAGUUGGAGCUGGAACUGUCGGAAGGGGACAUCACACAGAAGGGAUAUGAGAAGAAGAGAGCCAAGCUGCUGGCCCCCUACAUCCCUCCGAUACAAGGUGUAGAACCAUCUCUGCAGAAGGAGAACAGGAUCCAGAUGUCUCAGGCUGCUCCACCAGGAUCCAAACACAACAAGUCUCGGGCCACCAACACGCGGGAUGAACGCUUCAGAUCUGACCUGCAUACAGAAGCCGUUCACGCUGCCUUGGCCAAGUACAAAGAGCGGAAGAUGCCAAUGCCCUCCAAGAGACGCUCUGUUCUAGUUCAGUCCUCUGUAGAGGCAUGCACUCCCCCAGACACGUCCUCGGCAUCAGAAGAUGAGGGUUCACUGCGUCGUGCGGGCCGGAUGGUGUCCUCCACGCCGUACCAGAACCACCCGGCGCCGAACGUAGAACACUGGUUUAACAGAGUCAUCCAGGGCUCCUCCACCUCCUCCUCUGCAUCCUCCACCUCAUCCCAUCCUGGAGGGAGUGUCCACGCUGCCGCCGCCGUGCUGGCUGACCUCAUGGCAUACACCCAGAUAGAUAACCACCCCGCCCCCCCAGACGUGACUGGCCUAUUGGAACACUCGCUGCAUGCGGACAGAGACAGACCCCCGGUGGCGUCGGUGAAAGUGGUCCCCAGGGGGUACAACCACUCCAGCGUCAUGGAAACCGCCGAUGGUGUCCCAGUGAACAGCAGAGUGUCAUCUAAGAUCCAGCAGCUUCUCAACACUCUGAAGAGACCUAAGAGACCGUCACUUAGAGAGUUCUUCAUUGAUGACUUCGAGGAGCUUGUAGAUGUUCAGCAGCCGGACCCUAACCAGCCCAAGGCGGAGGGGAACCAGAUGUCCCCUCUAGCAGGCGAGCCUCUGGGUGUAGUGACCAACUGGCCUCCCUCCCUGCUGGCCUCCCUCCAGCGCUGGGGCAUCACCCAGCCCAGGAGCCCCUGUCUCACUGCCCUGGACAACGCUGGUAAACCCGUGUACACUCUUACCUACGGCAAGCUGUGGACACGCAGCCAGAAACUGGCCUUCACGCUUCUGAACAAACUGAGCACAAGGAACGAGCCACUACUGCUGCCGGGAGAUAGAGUUGCUCUAGUGUUCCCCAACAGUGACCCUGUGAUGUUUAUGGUGGCGUUCUAUGGAUGUCUGCUGGCAGAGCUGAUCCCUGUGCCCAUUGAGGUGCCCCUCACCAGGAAGGAUGCAGGCAGCCAGCAGAUAGGUUUCCUGUUGGGCAGCUGUGGGGUGACUCUGGCUCUGACUACUGAUGCCUGUCAGAAGGGCUUGCCUAAAGCACAGACUGGAGAGGUGGUCACGUUUAAAGGCUGGCCACGGUUGCUGUGGUUCGUAACAGAUGGGAAGCACGUUGUAAAGCCGCCCAAAGACUGGCACCCCACCAUCAGGGAAGCUAACAAUGAGAUUGCCUAUAUAGAGUACAAGACCAGUAAGGAGGGGAGCACAAUGGGUAUAACUGUCUCUCAUCCAGCCAUGCUAGCCCACUGUCACGCCCUCACACAGGCCUGUGGAUACACUGAGGCUGAGACCAUUUGCAACGUCCUGGACUUCAAGAGAGAUGCAGGCUUGUGGCACGGGGUUCUCACGAGUGUGAUGACCAGGAUGCAUGUGAUCAGCAUCCCUUACUCCCUGAUGAAGGUCAACCCUCUCUCCUGGAUUCAUAAGGUCCACACUUACAAAGCACGCGUAGCUGUGGUGAAGUCCAGAGAUAUGCACUGGUCCCUGUUGGCCCAGAGAGACCAGAGAGACAUCAGCCUGAGCUCUCUGAGGAUGCUCAUUGUAACUGAUGGAGCUAACCCCUGGUCGAUAUCCUCGUGUGACGCCUUCUUGAACGUGUUCCAGGCACGUGGGCUACGUCCUGAAGUGAUCUGUCCAUGUGCCAGCUCUGCUGAGGGCAUGACGGUCGCCAUCCGAAGACCUCCGGAGUCGGGUGUCCCUCCACCAGGGAAGGCAGUUCUGUCCAUGAGUGGUCUGAGCCACAGUGUGAUCCGGGUAGACACUGAGGAGAAGCUCUCUGUCCUCACAGUGCAGGACGUGGGCCAGGUCAUGCCAGGCGCGCUGGUGUGUGUGGUACGUGUGGAGGGAACUCCGUAUCUCUGCCAGACAGAUGAGGUGGGGGAGAUCUGUGUGAGUUCUGGGAGCACCGGCGUGGCAUACUACGGCCUCCCGGGCAUGACCAAGAACACAUUCCAGACCAUCCCAGUAAGAGCGUCAGGAGGUCCCAUCAGUGGCAGACCCUUCACCAGGACGUCACUACUGGGCUUUGUAGGACCUGACAACCUAGUGUUUAUCGUGGGUAGAAUGGACGGGCUGAUGACGGUGUGUGGGCGGAGACACAACGCUGAUGAUGUGGUUGCUACGGCGCUGGCAGUGGAGCCCAUGAAGUUUGUCUACAGGGGGAGGAUAGCAGUGUUCUCCGUCUCGGUUCUCCAUGAUGAGCGUAUUGUAGUGGUGGCAGAACAGAGACCAGAUGCUUCAGAGGAGGGCAGCUUCCAGUGGAUGAGCCGCGUUCUACAGGCUAUAGACAGUAUUCACCAAGUGGGGGUGUACUGCCUAGCUCUGGUCCCUGCCAACACAAUGCCCAAGGCUCCGCUGGGGGGGAUCCAUAUCUCAGAGACCAAACAGAGGUUUCUGGAAGGAGCUCUCCACCCCUGCAACGUCCUCAUGUGUCCUCACAGCUGUGUUACCAACCUGCCCAAACCACGGCAGAAACAACCAGAGGUGGGUCCUGCCUCUAUGAUCGUGGGGAACCUGGUAGCAGGGAAGAGGAUUGCUCAGGCCUGUGGGAGAGACGUGGCUCAACUAGAGGACAAUGACCAGGCACGUAAGUUCCUGUACAUGCAGGAUGUUCUCCAGUGGAGAGCCCAGGCCACACCUGACCAUCCCCUGUUCCUGGUGCUCAACGCCAAGGGCACAGUGUCCAGCACUGCUUCCUGUCUGCAGCUGCAAAAGCGGGCGGAGCGUGUUGCCAUGGCACUGAUAGAGAAGGGACGCCUCAACCCCGGAGAUCACGUAGCACUGGUUUACCCUCCAGGUAUUGACCUGAUCGCUACGUUCUAUGGGUGUCUGUACGCUGGCUGUGUUCCUGUCACAGUGAGACCCCCUCAUCCUCAGAACCUGGCCACCACCCUGCCCACCGUCAAGAUGAUUGUAGAGGUCAGUAAAUCGGUGUGUAUCCUGACCACCCAAGCAAUAAUGAAGCUGUUGAAGUCCAAAGAGGCUGCGGCUGCUGUGGACGUCAAGUCAUGGCCGAUGGUACUGGACACAGACGACCUCCCCAGGACGAAGAGGCUUCAGAUCUACAAACCUCCCACCCCAGAGAUGCUGGCAUACCUGGACUUCAGUGUGUCCACCAUGGGCAUCCUGGCUGGAGUCAAGAUGUCCCAUGCUGCCACCAGUGCCUUGUGUCGUUCCAUCAAGCUGCAGUGUGAGCUGUACCCGUCCCGCCAGAUAGCCAUCUGUCUGGACCCCUACUGUGGCCUGGGCUUCGCUCUCUGGUGCCUCAGCAGUGUAUACUCUGGCCACCAGUCAAUCCUGGUUCCUCCUCUAGAGUUGGACAGUAAUGUUUCUCUGUGGUUGUCAGCUGUCAGCCAGUAUAAAGUCAGAAUCACAUUCUGCUCCUACUCUGUCAUGGAGAUGUGUACCAAGGGCCUGGGGACACAGACUGAGACACUACGGUUGCGUAACAUAAACCUGUCGUGUGUUAGGACCUGUAUGGUUGUAGCAGAGGAGCGUCCUCGUAUCACUCUGACCCAGUCCUUCUCUAAGAUCUUUAAAGACCUGGGUUUGUCUCCUCGAGCCGUCAGCACCACCUUCGGCUGCAGGGUCAACAUGGCCGUCUGUCUGCAGGGUACGUCAGGACCAGACCCUACCACAGUCUACCUGGACAUGAGAGCUCUGAGACAUGAAAGGGUUCGUAUGGUAGAGAGAGGCUCUCCACACAGUCUGUCUCUCAUGGAGUCUGGCAAGAUCCUUCCUGGGGUGAAGGUGGUUAUCGCCAACACAGAGACCAAAGGACCUCUAGGAGACUCCCACCUGGGAGAGGUGUGGGUGAGCAGCCCCCACAAUGCAACAGGUUACUACACGGUGUAUGGAGAGGAUGCUCUGCAUGCGGACCACUUCAACACAAAGCUGAGCUUUGGAGACACGCAGACGGUCUGGGCCAGAACAGGAUACCUGGGUUUCCUACGACGCACUGAGCUCACCGACGCCAGCGGAGAACGUCAUGAUGCUCUCUAUGUGGUGGGGUCUCUGGAUGAGACAUUGGAGCUGAGAGGGAUGAGAUAUCAUCCCAUCGACAUCGAGACAUCCGUUAUCCGCUCACACAAGAGCAUCACUGAAUGUGCUGUGUUCACGUGGACCAACCUCCUGGUGGUAGUAGUGGAGCUGUCUGGGUCAGAGCAGGAGGCUCUGGACCUAGUUCCCCUGGUGACUAACGUGGUUCUGGAGGACCACUACCUGAUAGUGGGUGUGGUGGUGGUGGUGGAUCCAGGGGUUAUACCUAUCAACUCAAGAGGAGAGAAACAGAGGAUGCACCUACGGGAUGGCUUCCUGGCUGACCAGCUGGACCCCAUUUAUGUGGCCUACAAUAUGUAAACAACAACAUGUCAACAAGAUGUAAACACCUGGACCCCGUCUAUGUAACAUGUAAACAAAUUAGGAGGAGGAGGGAGAGCCGCUCAGAGAAUGAGAAAUGGACUAUGGACCACACAGCAGAAAUGGACUAUGGACCACACAGCAGAAAUGGACUAUGGACCACACAGCAGAAAUGGACUAUGGACCACACAGCAGAAAUGGACUAUGGACCACACAGCAGAAACCUCUUGGUGUCUCUUUCUCCCUGUUUGAGUCCCAGCAGAAUAGUGAUGGGUCUUGAUGGGGCUGUACAGUCAGAAUAGUGAUGGUCUUGGUGGGGCUGUACAGUCAGAAUAGUGAUGGGUCUUGGUGGGGCUGUACAGUCAGAAUAGUGAUGGGUCUUGGUGGGGCUGUACAGUCAGAAUAGUGAUGGUCUUGGUGGGGCUGUACAGUCAGAAUAGUGAUGGGUCUUGGUGGGGCUGUACAGUCAGAAUAGUGAUGGGUCUUGGUGGGGCUGUACAGUCAGAAUAGUGAUGGUCUUGGUGGGGCUGUACAGUCAGAAUAGUGAUGGGUCUUGGUGGGGGCUGUACAAUCAGAAUAGUGAUGGGUCUUGGUGGGGCUGUACAGUCAGAAUAGUGAUGGGUCUUGGUGGGGCUGUACAGUCAGAAUAGUGAUGGGUCUUGGUGGGGCUGUACAGUCAGACCAGGAAGGCAAGGGACUAGAUGGGACUGGAGAAGCAGGCAGGGGACUAGAUGGGACUGGAGGAGCAGGCAGGGGACUGGAGGAGCAGGCUAAUGCCAACACUGUGGAGGAGAUGAGAGGGACUGAUUGUUCAUUCCAGCUGGGUUCCUUUAACAAUGUUAUGUUACAAUUUUAUAUCAUACACUUAUUAGUACUUUAUGGCAUGAAGAGUUGAAGACACAUUUCAUGUCCUCCUUGGUCUCAGCAGUCCAUUCCAAAAAUAACUGUUGAAACAGUCCAAAACAGAGAACUUUAACGUAUAAAAUAUGUAAUAUAUUAUUCCAACACUAAUUGUUUCAGACUUCAUGUAAUCAGUUAAUACUCUGGCAAAGAACAUCAUUGGGAUUUAACAUGAUCAACUUGCCACAUGUUUUAAAUGAGGCCUUAAGUAUUCCCAGAUGCCUGUUCCUGUCUGAUUUUACUUGUGUUGAUGUGAGGCAGCUGGUUGGCUGAGGAGGAGGUCAGGUUGAAUGAUUAGCCCUUGUGCACGUCCCAAUAUCUCCUGAAGUAUGCGCUUGUUCACUACUUCCCACAAAUCUAAAAGCAUUGUAUUGGUGGAGGCAUGGUCUACUGGGAGUUUCCACCAUAUUUGGUAUACCAGUCAUUUCCUUUCUAAUCAGUGGAGGGAUGUGAACACGUUCACACUUUAAACAUUUGGAGCAUAGCCCUUCUCUCUGUGUGGCUGCAACAUGAAUACUCUUUCAUUGUUUGUAUCUAGUGGAAUCUGGAGGUAUUUUUGCUGAAGAUAUUAUGAAUAAAAAGCUCACAGAUCACAUGGAGCCAUGGGGUCUGAUGAGGGCCAGGCGGUGACAUUACAUGAUUCUCUCAGAAGACUUCUCUAAUGAGUGAGAGGUUGCAGUACAUGUUGUUCCUCUACCGUCAUCCAUCAUACCUGCUACGUAAAGACCACUCCUCUGUAUCCAUAGUGCAUCCUGUUGGCCCAGGCAACAGCCUGCUGUAAGUAUGUACAGAGUUAUGUAAGUUAAUAUUAUUGGGCCCAAGAUGGAGCCUCUUGCUCUGGGUACAUGGUUCAUGUGUGGGAAGAGACUGAAGAUGUUUCAGAUGAACCUCCAGACUAACCACAUAUUAACAUGUUACUGUCUGAAGACAACAGAACAAAAGGAAAGAAGCCUUGUAAUAUGUAUUGUAUGAACACUGAGGACUGGCUACUGCAGGGAGGCAACCAAGCAACACCCUGGGGACUGGCUACUGCAGGGAGGCAACCAAGCAACACCCUGAGGACUGGCUACUGCAGGGAGGCAACCAAGCAACACCCUGGGGACUGGCUACUGCAGGGAGGCAACCAAGCAACACCCUGGGGACUGGCUACUGCAGGGAGGCAACCAAGCAACACCCUGGGGACUGGCUACUGCAGGGAGGCAACCAAGCAACACCCUGGGGACUGGCUACUGCAGGGAGGCAACCAAGCAACACCCUGGGGACUGGCUACUGCAGGGAGGCAACCAAGCAACACCCUGGGGACUGGCUACUGCAGGGAGGCAACCAAGCAACACCCUGGGGACUGGCUACUGCAGGGAGGCAACCAAGCAACACCCUGGGGACUGGCUACUGCAGGGAGGCAACCAAGCAACACCCUGGGGACUGGCUACUGCAGGGAGACAACCAAGCAACACCCUGGGGACUGGCUACUGCAGGGAGACAACCAAUCAACACCCUGGGGACUGGCUACUGCAGAGAGACAGCCAAGCAACUUUCUGACAGACUGUUCUGAUGAAUGGUGACAUCUGUCAUCCUGGAGAUAUUUUGAGGACAUUCUGUUUGUGUAAAGAUUAAUGUGUCUAUGGUUUGUUGUCAUUAUUUUCACAACAUGCUUUCUUAAUAAAUACAAUGCUUUUAUCACAUGA